AUGAUCCAUCCUCCUGAGACCCUGAAAGAAAUUGAGCAGUUGCGUUUGGGAUUAGUCGAGGCACAAGAGCCGCCAAGUACUCAUUCUAAGCCUGAAAGGAUUACCCAAGCACCAUUAAGCACGUUGCUGAAUGUCGACGAGAUCGAAGCUGCAGCCACUAAGGUAAUCAGCAAAAGGGCAUGGGGUUACUACUUUUCCGCUGCCGACGACAAGAUAUCAAAGUAUCUCAAUACCCAAGCCUAUCGCUCAAUUCUGUUUCGACCACGGGUAUUUGUUGACUGCCGCACUUGCGAACUGGGAACCAACCUCCUGGGGCACAAAGUCGGGUUACCGAUCUUCGUCAGUCCAACCGCAAUGGCGCGUCUCGGACACCCCACGGGAGAAACAGGAAUUGCGGAAGGAUGUCGUUCUUUUCGAGCGCUCCAAAUCAUCGCAAACAACUCCUCACUCCCUCCGGAGGAGGUCGUCGCUAACGCGCCCCCAACACAGAUAUUUGGGUGGCAGCUUUAUGUCCAGCUGAACAGAAAAUUGAGCGAAAGUAUGCUCGCGCGUGUUAAUCGACUCGAUCAAAUCAAAUUUGUCGUGUUGACACUCGACGCACCGGUAUCGGGCAAGCGAGAAGACGAUGAGCGGAUCAAUAUCCAAGCCAAUGCAACUGCAAGUGUCAGCACCCAGCUCUUUGCUGGGACGGAUCCAUCGCUCACUUGGGUAGAUACUCUUCAAUGGUUAUCGCAGCAUACUACCAAACCGAUUGUACUCAAAGGAAUCCAGACCCACGAGGACGCAGUCCUUGCCGCUCAGUAUGCGCCUUUUGUGAAAGGGAUUGUGUUAUCCAACCACGGUGGGAGGUCGCUUGAUACAGCGCCUCCUGCUGUACAUACUCUUCUUGAACUUCGAAGAUACUGCCCGGAUGUGUUUGAUAAGGUUGAAGUGUGGGUGGACGGUGGUAUUCGUCGCGGUACAGAUGCUGUCAAGGCGCUAUGUCUUGGGGCCAAGGCUGUUGGGAUAGGAAGGCCGGCUUUUUGGGGUCUCGCUGCUGGUGGGGUCGAGGGGGUUGAGCGAACAUUGCAAAGUUUGUUUUCGUCGAAGAUAUGGAUCAGUAUCGUAUUGCUAACCUGA